AAGAAUUUAGAAAAAUCAAAUUUAAACAAAAUCUCAGCUUUAAACCCAGAAAUUCAUCAUAAACGAAAAAACCCUAAGCAGUUUGAAAAACAUUUUCUUUAAAAAAAAGUUGUAUUUUCUUCUCUUUUAAAACUCAACCGCCAAACUUCCUUUUAAAGGCUUUAUUUUUCUUUCUUAUAAAAAAAGAAAAACAAACAAAUUUAUUCUCAAACUUAUUUAACUUUGCCUCACUAACCUUCUAAAGGAUUGUUUUGUUCUAUAGUUUUUUUACUAUUAUUAUAAAAAAAAGAAAAAUAAUAAUAUAAAACCGCUUAAAAAUAAUACUAUAAAAAAAACUCUCAACUAUAAAAAAUCAGAUAUAAAAAACGCUUAAAGCUUUUUUUUGAAACAAACAACAAAACCCACAAAUAUUGCUGGAGUAUAGAAAAAAAAAUCUAAAAAUAAAUAAAAAAAAAAUUUACUAAUUACAAACUUAAAAAACAACAAAUUUUCCUAAAAAAAAACAUAAGAUUUUUAUAUAAAAACCCAAACAAAUAACUGCCUAAAAAACAAAAACAACUAAUAACAAAACUAAAAAACAUUAUUGUGUAAAAGCAACAAUGUUUCGCAACAAUUUAGAGUCUCAAAAUAACUAAAUAAAUUAAACAAUCUAAUAAACGAAUUGAAAAACAACAUAACGUAACGAAAAAACAAAACGAAUCUUUUUUAAUAAAAGAAAAACUUACUCAAUUUUGAAUUGUUAACAAAAAAUAAAAGGAAUUAAAAAAUUAGCAUGGUGCGUAUGACUAAUUCGGCCGCAACGGAACAAACACAAUCACAAACCCCACAACAACAUCAACAGCAGCAACAGCCAACACAGUCACAACGACCAGACAAACAAAAAUCGCUGCAAAAAUCACAAAAUAAAAAUUUCAAUAACAAUAAUGUGGCCUCAACCUCUUCUUCCACAUCGUCUUUAAAUAGUGUAUCCUCGUCUUCGUUGGAGCAGACCAGCUCUGCGGCUGGCAUAGUAAUGGUAGUGCCACAGCAGCAGCAGCAACAACAACAGCAGCAGCCACAAACACAAGCGCCGCCACCACCAAACAACCAACAGCCACCACCACCACAAUAUACACACAUGCAACAUGUUGCCCAGCCACCACAACUUGUCAUGCAUCAACAACAACAGCAGCAGCUCUCACCCGCUGAAGCUGGCUCGAAUCCCCCCUUGCCAGCCUCACCGCCUCUCUUGCAACAAACAGCCACACCGCCUCAGGGUGCUCAACUAGUACCUUGUGCGGUCCAUCAUCCCCAGCAGCAUCAGCAACAAAUGGCCUUAGUAGCCGCCAUGCAAGCUCAUAUGGCGGCCACCGGUGGUGGUCCUAUGCCGCCACACAUGCAUCACCAUCAUCACGGUCCCCCCCAUGGACCACCAACACAACAUGGCUCGCACGGCCCACCACAACAUCAGUCCCAGCAACCAACUCCUCCCAUGGAAAAUGGUCAUGGUGGUUUGUCGCCCAGUGGCUCCACCACCAGCAGUGUUAGUUCAAAUAGCGGCACUGGUGGUGGCGGCUCGAAUAUGAGCAAUGGUAAUAUUGUGGCUGCCGCAGCUGCUCAACCUGGUCCGGGACCGGUUUAUAUACAAUAUCACGGUGAAUUCUAUCCGGAAUAUUAUAUAGCUCCGCAUCCGCAUGAGGGCAUAUGUCCCCAGCAUCCUCAUCAUCAUCAGGCCAUGUGUGCGAUUCCGGGAGAAUAUGGUCCUGCAACCGUACAAAUGGUUUCACAAAAUCGUCCGCCACCACCACCAAUGCCGGUACCCGUGCAAGUACCUCAGGGCCAGGUAAUGCAGCCAUAUGUCAAUGAAAGUGGCACGUUGACACAUGUGGUAUUGUCGCCGCAACAAUAUCAGCAACUACAUGCCGGCCAAGGACACAUGCAUCCGCCAUUUCUGACAACUAAUGGCACUUCACACUAUUAUACACCUAUACCGGGUGGGUUUCCUCCGGGUGCCGGUGGCCAAGGUCCCGGCCCUUAUCAAGUAGGGCCACAUGGACAUAUGGCUCCACCGCCUCAACCCGGAACACCACAACCUCAACAACAGCAACAAUCUUCGUCGUCAGUAGCUAAUUCGUCUCAACAACAACAACAUUCUCCAGCAUCACAUUCCGCCAAUCAUUCACCUUCGCCACCUAAUAAUAAUUAUCACAAAGAUGAAAGAACUCAGAGGCAGCAUACCAAAUUGUUAAGAAAGCUGGAUAAGCAACGUUCUGCUGUUUCAUCGCCAACACAUUCGCCGUCUCCCCGUCGCCAAGAGCCACAAAUGAAUGGUCACAAUACUAAUAAUAAUGGUUCUUUAAGGUCACAACAUAAUAACAAUAAUAACAGCAACAAUCAUCAUCAAAAUCAACGUAAACAACAGCAACAACCACCACAACAACAGCAGCAGCCGCAACAGCAACGUAAUGGUAAUGUUUCUAAUUAUAAUAAUAGACAGGCAGCCUCCUCAGUUGCUUCAUCUGAAGAAGGUGAUGAUAAUUUAGGGGUUAAUGGUGCCGAUGGCGACGAAGAAGAAGAUUAUCAGGCGUCCAUAGUCGAACAAUUGUCGACUAUACAAAAACCUGAAGUAACUGACAUCACAUCACGUUCGGCCAAGAUUGUAUGGGAGGCACCACAAUGUAUUAGUGAGUCUGCAUUACAAUUGAUAAACAUGCAAGAGUUGCGUUACAAUGUCCUCCUUAGCGAUCGUGCAAAAGAAUGCAAAUAUAAAAGUCUGUAUAAAGGUUCCUCAUACGAUUGCAUUGUUCAGGAUUUAAAGCCAGGCCAAGAGUAUGUGGUACGUUUACAGGUCCACUAUGAACAUUUGCAUGGUACGGCCUCAGAGCCCACAGAAUUUACAACUCCAGCAUGUGAGCCGGAUCGUCCAGCCGCCCCUCGUAUCGUAAUGUGUACCAAGAAUUCAUUGCAUUUACGUUGGAACAAUCCUCUGUGCAAUGGUUCGUCCAUUCAGCAUUACUUGUUGGAAUAUGAUGAGGGUAAAUCAGGGGCUCGAGUGGUGAACGAUGCAGCUUGUAAAUUUGUAGAAGCUGUUAAAACUAAAGGAAAACAAUACAUAAUGACCAAAUUACAACCCUCAACCAUUUACAACUUUCGUUUGGCAGCUGUAAAUGAAGUCGGACCUUCGGCCUAUUCACCUGUGUGCACAUUUAGUACCCAGGGUAAUCCUCCAUCAGCUCCAAAACCUCCUACACUACAAGCAUUUAAUUCUUCAUCAUUGAGGCUGGUUUGGGAAAGACGUCAGUCAGAUGGUGCUACUUGUAUUUAUGUCUUACAAAUGCUAGAUCGUGCCUCUGGCCAUGGAUAUUUGAAUAUGUACAAUGGUCAAGACUGUUCGUACGAAUGUUGCCAGUUACGUAGAGCCACCUUGUACUAUUUUCGUUUGAGAGCGGAAAAUGAAGCCGGUGCCUCCGCCUGGUCGAAUGAGGUGGCCUAUAAGACAGCACCAGAACGUCCAGGUCGUCCCGGUAAGCCUUAUGCUAAAGGAAAAAUCCAUGGUACUCACUUUCGUGUGCGCUGGGAACCGCCAACCGACAAUGGUGGCGCUGAUAUACAGCGCUAUUAUUUAGAGAUUAAUGUGGGCGGUCAAAAGUUCGAUCGUAUUUACUCGGGCGUUGAGUGUGAGACAACAUGCGAUCGUUUACAACCUGGCACUACCUAUCAAUUGAGAGCUUCCUGCGAGGGACCCAGUGGCUUUAGCCCAUAUUCGGAGGUCAGCCACAUUACCUCUGAAGCUGUAGUACCUACUGCUCCACCUUCACCCUACUAUGACAAUCCGCCUGGGCCAUAUGCGGCGGUAUUGAGACUUGAUAAACCCGAAUAUAAUGGUGGUGCUCCCAUUUUAGAGUUUGAAUUACAAUUGCGUAAAUAUUCGGACCAGGAAACACCACGCAUUGUUUACCGGGGCAAAGAUGCCUAUUGUGUGAUCAAAGAUCUACAACCCGGCAAUCAAUAUGAGGUCCAAGUAAGAGCUAUUAACCGCAUAGGCGCAGGAUCCUGGUCGCCUUGGUUUAAAUUUAGUUCGGCAGCUGCUGCGCCCAAUUGCCCAGAAUCUUUAAAGGUCAUCAUCAAGUCAGCUACACAACUACAUGUUUCAUGGCAAGAACCUGCGAAUAAAGGAGGCGCCGCCAUCACAGAAUACCGUCUAGAAAGUGCCACAGCCUCAAACGUGUCAAGCGACAGCGAGUCAACUACACCACAACCUCCUCCCUCAUCGGCAUUUCAUUCUUGCUAUCAGGGUUUACAGACCAGUGCGGAUAUACGCAAUCUAAUGCCUUUUACUUAUUACUAUUUCCGUGUUAAUGUCUGCAACUUGGCGGGUGUAAGUAAAUGGUCACCGUUGGUAAAUUGCCAAACGCCGGCCGCCGUGCCAUCUGCUCCACAAAUCAAAGACUUUGAAUUCACAUCGAACGAUGCCACUCUACGCUGGUCAUCGCCCGAAAGCAAUGGUUCAGAUAUUACCAACUAUACCAUCGAAUAUGCUGAACGCACCAUCAUGACUUCGGACAAUUCCUGUGAAUAUACCGUCACCAAUUUACAACCAGAAACUUCCUACAAAUUCCGUGUACAGGCCAUUAAUGCCAUCGGCUCUGGUCCCUAUUCUCUCUAUGCCAAAUUGACUACACUGCCCUCACCACCGUCACCGCCCAAAUUGGAAUGCUCCGGCGUGGGUCACAAUUUCAUCAAACUAAAAUGGGGCGAUGGCAAAAAUUUAGAUUUCACCAAAUUCUAUGUGGAAAUGUUUGUCCAAAGAGCUAAAGAAUUCCAAGUGGUCUACUCUGGCACCAAUUGCAUGUGCAAAGUCAACAAGUUGCAAGAACGUACCGCUUAUACAUUCCGCAUUUGUGCCGGCAAUGAUCGUGCUGGUGUAGGCGAGUAUUCGGAAGAAUUUGUAUUCUCUACCUCUGCCUGUAUACCAAACAGCAUUAAAGCUCCGCGUAUUGCUCAAAAUUUACCAACAGCUGCCUCCUCUGCGUCUACAUCGUCUGCUAAUGCUAACAGUGGUAGCUCGCCCUCUGCCUCCUCAUCGGCUGGCGUAAUACCUUCCGGACUGCUACCAGAAACACCAAGUUUCCUAACGGGUUUGGGUAACCUAAUGUUGGGAGUGCCUCUGACACUGGAAUGGCAGCAUUCAAAGAAUUCGUUCUCCGAUCGUGUGGAAUAUAUGCUGCAGUAUGCCAUUGGCAAAGAUGGUGAAUUUAAAAAGAUAUACCGCGGCAGUGAGACCAAAUUUACAAUCGAAAAUUUAGAACCAGGUGGCAUAUACCAAUUUCGCGUCUGUCCCAUACGAGUUACAAGCAAUGGAGAAGAUUUGCUGGGUGCAUACACACCACCAUUCCGUCAUCAAGUGCCACUCAUACCUUCACUAGACGAUAUUGAUGGUAAUCUAUUGGGCAGUGCAGCAGCUCAAAUGUUUGCCGGCCUUAAUGCUGCCUCUGGCAAUAACAGCCAUGCAGCGGGCUCAUGUCAUGGUCAUUCUCAUCACCAUGCGCAUCAUUCCCAUAUGGGAGGACAUAGUCAUCUUCACAAUCCCCUACAUUCCCAUCACAACAGUAGACACAGUGGCCAUCAUGAUAACGGAGGUGGUAGCAACGAUUCGAAUGCCAACUCAAAUCUUCAUCAUCGUUCCGUAUCUGCCUCAGCUGGCAGUUCGAGUAGCAGUUCGAACAGCAGUAGUAGUAAGAAUCAGAACUCCAAUGCCAACAAUACACCGAGCAACAAUACGCUAUUGAUUGGCAGUAAUGCUAUCGGUUUUAUACCCAUUGGCAGUAUGGCCAGUGAACUGGCUGCUAGCUUUGCCGGCUGUGAUGAUCCCAAUCAUCAUCAUCACCAUCAUCAUCACGGUUUUCCCGAUGUCGCUAAUCAACUUAAUAUCACAGCCUCGAGUACAAGCAGUAACAGUUCCAAUAAUCCACAAUCAGCUGCCUCUCUGCUGGCUGCCAGCGCCAAUCAAUUGUUUGCCAACAAUCCCAUUCUACUACAAGCUGCAACGGCUGCCAUAAGCCACCAUCAACAUGUUUUGGGCCAUCAUCAUGGCGGUGGCGCUCACAAUCAAAAUGCCGGUGCUCUAAGACGUUUCGUUACCAAACUCAGUUCGGUCUAUUCCAAUCGCAAACGUUUCUCGGAUCAAGAAAAGGCUGUCAUUUUCAUGGUAUCAUUCUUGUUUUUCACUUUCCUCUUUGCCACAUUAGUUAAAAUGUUUAUGCGUUAAAUUUCGACUUAAAAACAAAACGAAUUUAUAUAUUUUGGGAUCCAAUAAAAUGUGCUUGGAUUUUCUUUUUAAGGAAAAAAAGAAAAUUUUACGACAAAUAUAGAGUUUUCAAAAAGAGAUUAUUCUUGAUUAGAGAUCUCGAGAAGAAAAUCAUGUUGAAAAAUAUACUUACUAUAUA